GUGGCUGCGGGCGGAUCCGCGUCGGCGCAGGUUGGCCGGGUCCAAGGUGUCCGUGCUCGCCUUUGCUCUCGAGGCCAAAGAUGCCGGGUCUGGCGGCCGCGAGUCCGGCCCCAACAGGGUCUCAGGAGAAGAAGCCGCUGAAGCCUUGCUGCGCCUGCCCGGAGACCAAGAAGGCGCGCGAUGCGUGCAUCAUUGAGAAAGGAGAAGAACACUGUGGACACCUGAUCGAGGCCCACAAGGAAUGCAUGAGAGCCCUGGGAUUCAAGAUAUGAAACGGUGGUCUGCUCUGAAUGAAUGAUUCCUGAAGAAAGAAGAUUGAAUAAUUUGGGGAGUUCUUUGAUGCACUUUAACAUAUGGAAAAAAAUGUAUUUAUAAUUUAUUAAAAAAAAAAGGAGGGAAAUAUCCCUGGUCAAAAAA